AGUGGAGAGAAGGAAGGUGCAUCUCCGGCCUCUCCUGAGAGCCAAGGCUAUUGGCCCAGUGCCCCACUGGUGAGGGAAGGCAGAGAUAUAAGGAGGGAGGGAAACACUGGGCCAGCUGUCUCACCCGGGCACCAUGGCAUUGCUUCAGCUCCUGUCCUGCCUGGCCUUCGUGGCUGCCGUCUCAGGCUGUGGUGUUCCUGCCAUUAACACUGACUUGAAUAGUAUGUUCAUGAUUGUCAAUGGUCAAAAUGCUGUUCCUGGUUCUUGGCCCUGGCAAGUCUCUCUGCAGAGAAGAGGUAACCACUUCUGCGGGGGCUCCCUCAUCAGUAACAAGUGGGUGGUCACAGCUGCUCAUUGCUAUGUCAAGACAACAGACAAGGUGAUUGCUGGAAUGCAUGACAUGAACUCUUAUAGAGAAAAGGUCCAAGUUCUGAGGAUUGCCAAGAUCUUCAGGAACAAAAAUUAUGACCCAGACACUCUUAUCAAUGACAUUGCCCUGUUGAAACUGGCCACACCUGGCAAUUUAGAAAAUAGUUUGCUGUCCAAUACUAACUGCAAGAGCUACUUUGAGUCUGUCAUCAUGGACACCACAAUCUGUGCUGGAGCCAAUGGCGUUUCUUCCUGCAUGGGUGACUCCGGUGGACCCCUGGUCUGCAAGAAAAACGGUGCCUGGACCCUGGUUGGUAUUGCGUCCUGGUCAAGUCUUCAGUGUACCACCCACACCCCUUCUGGGUACACGCAAGUCACCAAGUUCAUCCCCUUUAUCGAGAAAAUCCUGGCCCACAACUGAGCCAUCCUCCCCCCAAAAAAGUGGGUACUUUCAACUCUCCCUAUCCCCCAAUGCCAAUAAAUAUAUCUAUA